GCAGGCGCGGAAGAGGGCAGGGGCGGGACGGCUGGAACCGGGGGCCGGAGGGCAGGGACCCGGUGUCCAGAUUCCAAAGGUGGCCAAGGCAGGAAGAUGGCGGAGCUGCGCGCGCUCGUGGCUGUCAAGAGGGUCAUCGACUUCGCCGUGAAGAUCCGUGUGAAGCCUGACAAGACAGGCGUGGUCACAGACGGCGUGAAGCACUCCAUGAACCCCUUCUGCGAGAUCGCCGUGGAGGAGGCGGUGCGGCUCAAGGAGAAGAAGCUGGUGAAAGAGGUCAUCGCCGUCAGCUGCGGGCCCACCCAGUGCCAGGAGACCAUCCGCACGGCCCUGGCCAUGGGUGCAGACCGAGGCAUCCACGUGGAGGUGCCGGCUGCAGAGGCAGACCGCCUGGGUCCCCUGCAGGUGGCCCGGGUCCUAGCCAAGCUGGCACAAAAGGAGAAGGUGGACCUGGUGCUUCUGGGCAAGCAGGCCAUCGACGAUGACUGUAACCAGACAGGGCAGAUGACAGCCGGAUUUCUGGACUGGCCACAGGGCACCUUCGCCUCCCAGUUAACGCUGGAAGGGGACAAGUUGAAAGUGGAGCGGGAGAUUGACGGAGGCCUGGAGACCCUGCGCCUGAAGCUGCCCGCUGUGGUGACCGCUGACCUGCGGCUCAACGAGCCCCGAUAUGCCACGCUGCCCAACAUCAUGAAAGCCAAGAAGAAGAAGAUCGAGGUCCUCAAGGCCGGGGACCUGGGCGUGGACCUGACCUCCAAGCUCUCUGUGGUUAGCGUGGAGGACCCGCCCCAGCGCACGGCUGGCGUCAAGGUGGAGACCACGGAGGACCUGGUGGCCAAGCUGCGGGAGAUUGGGAGGAUCUGAGCCCCUCCAGGAAACUCGGCAAUAAAACUUUGACUCCCGACGUCU